AUGCUGCUCCAGUCGGCGGCUCGCCUCGAGGAGGCCGUCGGCGCGGGCGACACUCUGACCGUGGACUCGACGGGCCGGCUCGCGGCGCUCGGCGUCCGCCGCGAGAUAUGGAUUGUCGAUCUCGAGUGGCCGUGGGAGCCGUGCCGCGUGCUGCCGACGCCCGAGCUGGCACCGCCGGUGGCGCUGGAGUGGCAGCCGCAGCGAGGCGCGGGAUCCGGGCGCACCAUCGCGUGCGCGUCCGCGGACGGAGCCCUCCGCCUGUACGACGGCGCCGCUGAGCCAGGCGCGCUGUCGCUGCUCGUCACGCUCUGCGGCCGGGCGGCAGGCGGCGGGUGGCAGGGCCCUCGCGACUGCGCGGUGCAGCACGUGGCGUGGAGACCGGCCGCGCCGCACACGCUUGCCGCCGCCACUGCCGGCGGCGGCCUCGCAUUCUUCGACUGCCGCGCGGGAAGCGCGUGGCACCUGGCGAUGCGUGAGGGCGGCGGAGGCGGAGGCGGGCCGUCGGCAUCAGAGGGUGGCGGCGCCGGCCGCGUCUCGUGGUGCGGCGGGCCGGCUGACGCUGGCGGCGUCGCGUGCGGGCGGGGCGUCUCGGUUGCCGUCUCGGUGGACUGGGCGGGCGGUCCCUGCGGCGGUCCCUGCGGCGGUCCUUGCGCGGGCGGCGAGGGGCUCGGGCCUCGCCGCGGCGCCCCCGCUGCGGAGGGCGACGACGGCGCGUCCCCGGGCGCGGGCAUCCGUUUGUGGGGCGUCGCCAGCGGCAGAGGAGAUGAGGCCUCCUCCAGCGCCGCCCUGGCCGCCGGCCUGGAGGGCGAAAAGGUGGCUGGCGAAAAGGUGGCUGGCGCGGCGGCGGAGUGGGGGGCACUGGAGAGGUGUGUGCGGGUCGCGCAGGCGGCGUGGGCGAGAGAGCAGCCGCCCUUCCCGCCGCUCCUCUCGCUGGCGCCGCCCGCGCAGUUCUCGGCCUCCUCUCCUCGCGAGGCCGCCGCAGCUUGUCGAGGAGUGCCGGCCGAGUCUCUGGUGCCGGCCGAGUCUCUAGUGCCGGCCGAGUCUCUCGCUGAGGUGCGCAUCAGCUGCACCUUGCCGGAGGUGGUCGAUGCCGAAGGCGUUGCAGCAGAGGGCGACGCAGCAGAGGGCGGUACAGCUGGGAGAGGAGGCGGCGGGGGAGGAGGCGGCGAGGGCGGAGGCGGCGCGCUGCCGCUGCUGCUGCGCUGGCCUCACGAGCUACCGCCCUCGCUCACGGCGGCGCCCGAGGCGGCCCUCAGCAAGGCGGGCCUUCGGGCGGAGGGGCGCGUGCCUGCCGGCGGGCCGCUCGCUGCGGCGGUCCUCUCGGAGGCGGAGGCGGCGCUCGCCUCCGCGUGGAGGAGCGCCGGCGCGCGCGACCUGCCCUCGCUGCUGCGCGAGCUCGCAAGAGCCGCCGCUGCAGCGGAGGCAGCCGCGCUGGCCGCGCCAGAGGCGGGCAGCUCGCGCGGCGGCGCGGCGGGCGCGGCGGACGCCGCAGCGGCGGCGGACGCGGCGGCGGACGCGGCGGCGGCGGCCCUGCUGCCCCUCCUCGGCGCGAUCCUCAGCGCGGCGCAGCGUGCGGCGCAGCGUGCGGUGGCAUUGCACCGGAUGCGCGACUGGCGCCGCUUGCGCGACGAGCAGGCGCAGGCCACCCCCCGCGAGGAGCGCGGGAGCGGCGCCGGCUUGGUCGCCACCGGCCCCUCGGUCGCUCUCCCGACGUCGGCGUCGGCGGCGGGCGCAUUUGAGCGACUGCCGCCGCCGCGCACUUCGGGCGCCUCGUUCUGCCCUUCGGGGCUGCUCCUCGCGUUUGCAAACGUGCCGUCACCGUACGCCGGCCUCGCAGAGGCGGAGGUGCCGCGCUCGUACGAGGACUUUCUCGGCCGGGCGCCGGUAGGCAUGCACAUCGCCCCCAUCGUGCGUGCGCAGCUGGCGACGGCUACUCCUUUCUUCGAGUCGGGCGGAGGGUCGACCCUCCUCCGCCCUGCCGGGAUCGCCGCGAUCGGCGGCGGCGGCGGCGGCAUCUACUCGCCGUCCGGGGAGGGCGUCGGCUUGGACGAGCGCGACGCCGAUGCCGACGCUGACUUCGACGAGGAGGAGCGAGAGUUUCGCGCGAGCGUGCGGGCGAUGGGCGGCGGCAGAGCCGACAGCAGGGGCGAGAUUGGCGCGGCGGGCGAGGAGGAGGGGGCCGAAGUCGGCGCGGGGGCGGCGCGGGGUUGCGGCCGAUCGGACGGCUCCCUGCACGGCCCGCUCCGCGCCCACCCGUCCGCCGGCGCGCCUUCCCCGCCACGCAGCAGCCGGCUGGCCAGCCUCGUGCCUUACCGGCUCGAGGAGGGCGCUCUCGGAGGGCAGCGGCCGCCGCUCCCCUUCUCGCCGCCGGCGGGCGGUAGGCGCGCGCGAGGCCGCCGGCGCGCGGCAGGCGCGGGAGGGGGCCGGCCCGCCAAGUCCCGCCUCCGCCUCCUCCGCUCCCUCGGCGCGAUGCCGUCGUCGCGCGUGACGACUCACGACGUGGCGGCGGCCAUCGAGGCGGCGCCGCAGCUCGCCGCGCGCUAUGCGCUCGGCAGCCUCGCGCGCCGCUUCCCGGCGCGCAGCGUGCGGAGCGGGCCGCUGCUCGCCGCCGCGCGCGCCGAGGCGGCGGCCUUGUGCCGGCUCAACGCCGAGGUUGCGUUGGCGCACGGAGGGCCGAGCGGCGGCGGCGGAGGCGAGUUGUGGAGGCAGUGGAUGCUCGUGUCGACGGCGCUGUCGGCCCUCGCCCCCGCGACCCAGGGCGGGGGUGGGGCAGGCGGAGGCACCGUAGGCAGCCCGCAGGUCUGGGGCGCGAGCAGCCGGUGCCAGCGGAGCGAGCGGGGCGAGUGCCUCGUCGUCAGCGCGAGCCGGCUGCCGUACGCCACUGCCGACACGCGCGACUAUGCGAUCGCGCUGCCCCUCCUUUCCGCGAUCCUGCACGACCGGGUGCGGGCCGCCGACGUGCAGAGCACCGCCACUCUCCUCGCCAUCUGCGCCACCGCCGGCGUGCCACUCAUUGCCGAGGCGGCGGCCGCACGGGCAAGCGACAUGUCCCUGCCGCUGCUGGGCGGCGAGGCGGAGGCGGGCCUGUGGUGCGUGGGCGUGUACGCAGAUCUGCUGCUUCGCUGGCAGCUCUUCCACACGCGCGGCGGCCGGGCCUCCAACGACCGCAUCUCGCGGACCAUCGAGGAGCGGGCCGCGUCGGCGCCGGAGGAGCCGCCCGGCGGCCCGGCGCAAGGCGGCGACGACGAGGCGAACCGGCCGGGUGGGCCGUUCGACCAGGCCGCCAUCUGGGAGUGCCGGAGAGUGCCCGGCUGUUUUGCCCGAGAGGUGACAGAGGGCAGUUUGACCAGGCGGCCCCGCUCCACCUCGACUGCAUCCCGGCUGCGCGGUCGCCGCCACACCGCCGCGUGCCCCCGCCCCUGA